AACAUCAUUAUCUCUCAUAUGUGUCCUGUGCACCAGAGCUUCACCACCAUCAGAGUGAGCCUCACUGACGUCAAUGACAACAAACCUGAGUUCAGCUCCAGCAGCUACGUCAGCAGCAUCCUGCUGAAGGACGCAGAGAAAGGGAAGCUGCUGCUGACGCUGGAGGCCACCGACAAAGACGCCGGGGACAACUCGCUCAUCACCUACAGUUUCUCUGCAGGAAGUUCCCCAUAUUUGGCUUUAGACAGUACGACUGGGGCCGUGACCUUGACCUCUGACCUUGCUGAUGUCAAAGAGGACACCACACUGGUGCUGACGGCCACAGCUGAAGACCACGGCGAGCCUCCCCUGAGCUCCACAGCCCGUGUCGUGGUCAAUCUGAGGGUCGUCAGUCUUGUGGAGGGCGUGGCCUUCGGGAGCUCCUCCUACAACUUCAGCAUACCUGAGCACCGGACUGUGGGGACGACGGUGGGGACAGUCUUCGCCUCCUCAGGAAGUGACCUUUACGACGUCUCCUACACGCUGAAAAAACACUCCGACCUGUUCUCCAUCGACGCCAGUGGAGCCAUUAAGACAAAAGCAGAGUUGGACAAAGAAGAGAAGGAGUGGUACGUCCUGGAUGUGGAGGCGGUGGACACGAGGACUCCCCCUACAACAGCUGUUGCAACGGUGACGGUUCAGGUGGAGAACGUGAACGAGCCUCCACAGUUUUCCAAACCGCUUUACCAGGCCUCCAUCGUCAGCAUCGCUCUGUAUAAAACCCCUGUUGUCACUGUCAAGGCUUCAGACCCUGAUGUGGGUGACCAGGGUCGGCUGGUCUACAGUCUGGAAGACGCUACUUACUUUGACGUGGAUCCGUCCACCGGUCUGGUGUUUGUGGUGUCAGCAGUGGAGCUGGCUGGACAGAAGGUUGAGUUGAAGGUGCACGCUGACGACCUCCAAGGACUUCGAGCUACGACCAGGGUGGAGGUGACGGUCGGGGGAAGUGUGAGCAGCAGCGACGUGGUCGUCAUCCGCCUCAACCAGCCAGCUAACACUGUGGAGAACAAGAUCCCCGACAUGGAGAGCUCUUUAGUGAAAGUUCUGGGCUGGAACGUGAAUGUCGUCGGGGUGUCCAACGAUAACGGAGGAGCCUCUGAGUCCAGGAUACAGGGGGCAGCUGUGAAGAGUCUGGUCAGCUUCAUCUGUUUGGAUGGAGGGACGGUGGUGUCCGGUGAAGAAGUCACAACGAAGCUGCAGAGCCAAUCAGAAGCUGUGAGGGCGGAGCUAGUCAAAGUGUUCGGGGACAGUCUUCAGUUCGAGGUCAAGUUGGAGGUGGAGCCUCAAGGCCCCGCCUCCAACCAGGCUGUGGUCAUCGCUCUGGGCGUCCUGUUGGCCCUGAGCAUGAUGGGAUUGAUGGUGGCUGUCGUCUUUGUCGUCAGGUUCAAGAAGACGAAGGAUCAUCAGGAGGAUUCUGAACAGAGUUUUGACAUGAGCCGAGGCGUUGGAGGUUUCGACAACAAGGCUUGGACGGAUUCUGAAUUGAAAAAGAGGAACUCACAGGAUAAGAAACCAGACUUCAACAACAGUGUGAGAAGCCGACAGACGGAUGAUGAUGAUGGAGGUCCCAUUUCUGCUUUCUGAUCUGAACACAGAAGCUUUCAGUCCGACUGUACGGAGUCUGCAGAGCGCCACCAAAACAACCAGCGACUUUCAUUUUGUUUGAUUAUAUUUCAUUAACACAUUUUUAUUUGGACACCACAAACUGUCUGCUCUCCAAAUAUCAGCUUCUGUUCUUCAAGAUGUUCAUGAUGUUGUUGUUUUGUCUGAUUUAAAAAAAAAAAAAAAAAAAAAAAACUAGAAACGGCACCAAAAAAUCUUUUCCAUCACUGAACGUCUGUGUCAGGAUUUAAAGGAACAGUUCACCCAUGAAUGUAACCACAAGUCUCCAGUGGACUACGACACUUCACCUGAUGAUGUAAAGUCAGGAGGAGGAGAGGAUGACGGGGUUACAUUCAUGGGUGAACUGCUCCUUUAAAGAGAGACAGUUUAUUUAUUGCCUUUAAUUUAAUGCCGCUGAAUUUGUGGAGAACAGCUUUAAAUAAACUCAUUAGUAAUUAAUUAAUCUUUGACCAUCAGGACAAAGAAAUAAAAAGAUUAACUGGUGAAAUUAAUGAUCAGUUAUUGAGCAGAAACAUGAACCCUUCAGUGAGUCUCUGUUGUCAUGGAGACAGCAGCUCAGUAAAGUGAAGAAGA